AUGGAUUUCAGCAUUCUGAAGAGCAACAUUAUCCCACGCUUGAAGAAGGUCUAUGCUCGAGUUGAGCUGGUUAAUACGCGUUUGGAGAUUUUAGUCUGCAUGGGGAAGCUACUGGAAUUCUUGGACAAGUGGAGUGUUAUGGAUGAUGUUCUUCCUUUCUUAUCUGAAAUACGAUCCAGGGAACCAAGAAUCAUUGUCGCUGUACUUGCCAUCUACCAGAUAUCCUUCAGCCAUAAGAAGCUGGGUGUCUCGCGGGACUGCUUAGCCUCUAAAUGCAUUCCACAUCUCCUGCAACUCUCAAUGGAUCUCAAUUUGACACCACUGCAGUAUGCUGCCUUUGCUGAUCUUCUCCGUGAAAUGUUUGCGUCUAUUGAGACUGAACAGCGUGCCAAACUCAUUGAACUUCAUAGUCUCGGAGAAGACACUGCGUAA